CUGUAAUGAAUUGAUUCUCAAAUGAUUUCGAGCUAUACAAACAUGGACAUAUACUAUUUGGGACUGUACGUAUGGAAAAGCUGGGCUAAGUUUUAUUUGACGGGUUUGAUUUGUAUCGAUGAUAUGUUUGAAAGAGAGAUUCCUCCAGAUCUGUGUAUCAUUGUUUAUGUAUUGAACGUCAGUAUGAGGUAGCACACAUCUCACGCAUCUGAUGGGCUUUAAAUACUACGUACAAUCAAUAUGAAACAUCAGCAAGGUCCUAAUAUAGAAAUAAGUGACACCUUUCUGGGAUUUCCUGUUGGAUAUGCUCUACAUAUACUGCCACUACAAAGGGAAUGGUACUCAUUGCCUCACGCACGGCUUCAAUGUAUUGUGGACAGAAGAUCAGUAUAUCAAAGCUAAGUUAAUUACGAGUGAAUAAGACAAUCGAUGCUGAUCCGGUGGUAAUGGACAAGAAGGUUCGAAUCACACGUCGGUCCAUGUUUGCCAAACGUCUCGUAUGACUGUGGUAGAUAGCAUCUAUAGGACCCCAUGAAAACGCCCAACUCUCAGAGCCUCUGAUUCCAUUCAGAUUGACAUCGUCCAAGCACCGAUAUCCCACGCUUCGCAGCACGCGACCUGCCAGUCCUGCCAACCCUUUCAUUGAUCAACGCGAUAUAGUGUAGCACAAUUUUGAAUAAUAGCAUUGUAUACAUCGUAGUCUCACAACGCACAACAGAUCGCAAGACCAAAAUGAUAGAACUUCAAUUUUCAAACGUCUCACACAAUGCAAAGAAUUCAUAAUUCAGAUCUUCACAGAGAGAAAACCUUCACGGAACACACUCAUAAAUCCAAAUUCCUGUACAAGAGCUCAGAAGAUCCAGUAAUCAACAACACACACCCAAACUAUGGAUCCAAACACACCGUCUCACCAAUCCGAUCCCGCAGCAGUAGCACGCGUGAAAUCCCUCCGCGCAAUCCUCGGCGCACCCCUUCCAAACCUCCAAAACACAAACUUGACAGCUUCAUGGACAGGCCGAGCAUCAGACAUUCCUAAACACCGGCCGGCACAGAACAUACCGCAGGACCCAGACGACACGAACCCACUCCCCCUUUCGCUCCUUUACAUCCAUCGUCCGCCGCAUUCCAUCACAUGUAUUCUUUGCAAGAAUUCAUUCCAUUCCACAACGCGGAUGAAGAGCGUUGGGAUCAAGAUUCUUGGAUGCGGCAUGUACAUGCAUGUUGGAUGCUUUGAAGAGGAAUGCAAGGGCCCGCCUGAGAAUGUUGGGGCUAAGGGAGAUGGAAAAUGUGGCGACUCUGGUAGCGGUUCUGGCUCAGACUCAGGCUCCGGUGGCGACUCCGGCCUCGACUUCAGCGGGAACAAGCACCGAGGAUGCUUCGUUGCCAGCAAGCCCGUUGGCGGAAAAACCCAGCGUCUGUUGGGCACCGCCGCCAAAGAACAACGCGUCGGCGACUUGACUUGGCAAUCCUGCCGCAACUUCUGCCGCACUGAAACCGCCAGCAACGGAGGCAAGCCAUGGAAGUACUUUGGCAUCGAGUACGGCAGAGACUGUCGCUGCUCGAACAAAUUGUACUACUCCGUUACGGAUGAACCGGCCAAGUGUACCAGUCGAGCCAGUGGAAACUCUCAACAGAGAGGUGGAGGAAAGAACUAUGUGGAUGUCUGGGAAAUGAGCGGUGGCUCGGUAUGUUUUUCUCGUUGCUCGUUGAGGCUCGAAUGCUCUAUGCUCUGCAAUUGUUUGUUGUUUUGUUUCGAUCCAGGGUGAGUAUGGUAAGUACGUCUGCGCUUCGGCCCAGCCGAGAUUCAAGACGUGAAAUCGUCGUGAUUGGACUUGAUGAAAGAAAGUGGCUGUUGGAGAUGUGGGGACGUCGGAAAACAGGAGAGCGACAUGGGAAGAACUGCAUACGGCACUGUC